AUGCACGCUGUCGAUGGAGGUGUGAUAAAAAAAUUAUUAAACCUCUGGUUUGGCUCAUAUUAUCGAAAUUCUCCUUUUUCUUUACUUGCUGUUAAAGAUAUUGUACAUGAGGGAUUGAAAACAAUCAAACCUCCCAAGUUCACCCAUCGUAUGCCCAGAACAGUUGAUGAUCUCUGUCAUUGGAAGGCAUCAGAGCUCAAGAUGUGGGCGUUUUAUUAUUCCUUGCCAAUUUUGCAGGGAGUUAUGAGAUCUGAUUUUUUCGCAAAUUAUUCGAUUUUAAUAACUGCAAUUUCGAUUCUCAGCGCAGAUUUUAUUUCCCUUAAAAUGAUCGAUGUUGCUGAAAAAUAACUGCAACAGUUUGUUCGUGGUUUUGAACUACUAUACGGGUUACAAUUCUAUUCCAUAAAUAUUAAUCAACUCUUACAUCUAGCUCAAUGUGUUCGUCAAUUGGGUCCUCUGUGGACCUAUACUUGUUACCCGUAUGAGGACCUUAAUGGUCGCCUACUGAGAACUAUCCAUGGAACACGAUAUAUACAGGGUGUCCCAGAAAAAAUACUGUUUAAAAUGAGUGGAAGACGUAAUGAGGAGUCAAAAAGUCGAAAACGUGUGCUCGGGCGUGAACGGGUUAGACUUCAUCGCGCUGAAAAACGUUGUCAGCAGAUGAAUGAAGCGAGAAUGUUAUGGGAUGACGACAAAUCUAUUGAUGUUGAUAUUCGAGAGGAUGGACAACAUGUUGGAUUGGAGCAUGAAUAUAGCGAGAGCAUGGGCAAUAGUGAGUACAGUGGGGAUGCUCUGAAAUAUUCAUUCAGUAAUGAAGAUGUCCUGGAAAAUAAUCUUGACCUAACCUCUACUUCUCAUGACCUCGGUAGUGAACAGAAUACAUCAAAAUUGAACGACCAAGAAAGUGGAAUGGAUGUUGAAAUUACUAGUAACAAUUAUGGUGAUCAAAACAUUGGAACAGUGUUUGAUCAAUUAAAUCGAUUUAGUUUUGAAUUAGACAAGGAUGAUGCUGAACCUACAGAAGAGCUACCUGACCACCAACAUCUAAUAAGUUCUACACUUGAUGAGUGGUACGACGCUGAAUCAUAUGCCUCGGAUGGAGAUUUUGAUGGCACCGAUGAAGAACUAGAUAUACGACCAGCUAGUGUAACAGAAGAUAAUGUGGAAGAUCUUGAGGAGUCUCUUGAAGAUUACAAUCAGGAAGAAGAGUUGAGAAGAUGGGCAUUGAGUGGUCAUCCACCUAUCGCUCACGUGCGUCUUGAAGAAUUACUCACGAUAUUUCGUAGACGAUUUUUACCCCAAUUACCAAAAUCUGCUAAGACUUUCUUGAAAACCUCGAAAGCUUCUUAUCAUAUUGAAAUUGAUAAAGAUGCAAACGAAUUUGUGUACUUUGGACUAAAAGAAAAGUUGAAACAAAUAGUGAAUCCUGCCCUACAUACUGAUAAUAAUAUUGAUUUAUUAUUCAAUGUGGAUGGUUUACAAUUAUACAAGUCUAGCUCCAAGCAAUUCUGGCCCAUCCUCUGCCUAAUUUUCUCAGAAGAAAAUCUCUACAAGCCAUUUCCAGUAGCAAUAUACUCUGGUAUCAAAAAGCCAAAUGAUGUGAAUCAAUUUCUGGAGAAGUUUGUAAAUGAAAUUAAUGAGUUGCAAGCUGACGGAUUGAGGACUGAUGGUAAUAAAUUGAAUCACUCUCAUACGAUGGGCUUUAAGCGAUCAAAGAGACAUGGGGAGGGGAAUGAAGAAGACCCUGGUUAUCGCUUUAAAGUGGUUCUUUUCCUGGACGACAAGGAAGAAAAACUAAGCAUUGACGUCGCACCUGAAAAAUGGGUGUUUUAUUCAGAGGAAUCGAAAACCAACCUCUGUCGCUUUCCAGUUGGUCCAUUCAGCAAUCAAGACAUUUCUGACUUACACCAAAAAGUUCAGAAUUGUCAUCUUGCUGACGAGUCAUGGCCACUACAUCGAGUUCAAAUCCGUGGCAGAGCACGAACAUAUUCAGAGGCUUGCGAUGCUGCCGAGAAAUUACAAUUUGAUCGGUAUGCAUUCUCCACAGAUAGAGAGAGUUCUGUUGAGCGAGCUCUGCGCGAAGAGAAUGAACUUCCUAGAUGUAGAGACCUGAGCGAUAAAACAAUAGACGAGGAGCUGGAUGAGGCCACAGUUAUAUUGGCUGAUGAUGCAGUGAUAAUGAAUAAGGAGAAGACCAGGUCAAUUCGAAAAAAACAGAGAGGAAAACAGAAAUUUUCCAAACAACCUCCCUGGUCAUCACCAGACUCAUCAUCUUCCGACGAAUCGACUUCUCAAGUUCAGAUGAAGAAGGGAGAACAUUUUCGAUGGAGAGUAUCGGUGCCGUCAUCACUCUCCCUGAUAUCUGGAGGAUCCCUCUCAAAGAGUUCAAUGAAAAACGAUAGAGGAUCUUCACAGAAUUCAUUGGAUUCAUCCUCUAACGAAUCAUCACGUGAGAAUCCCCGUUCAAGACCUCCAAGAUCUCCAAAGAAAAAUGCCAAAAAAUCUCACCAAAUUUCAUUCGAUUCCGAGACAUUACUGGAUGUUUCAUCACCUGAACCUAAAACCUCUUCAGGAGAGCUUGCUCUUCAGGUUUCAAAAUCAUAUGCUGAAUCGUCCAGUGCUCCAUCUCCAUCUGCAUCCAAGAAAUCAUCCCAAAAGUACCUCGACAGUUCUGCUCAUUCAAAAACAGGCCUAGAAUUGUUAUCGAGAAAAGUGUUGCCCCUAUCAAUUCACUCAUCAACACCAAAAACUUCCAAGAGGAAUCAUUCCGAGAUGCAGGGAUCGUCUCCAGAAAUUGAUAAUGAGAAACAAGUCGAUAAACGAGCAAAGGACCACCGACGAUCUCGCUCAAGAGAACGAAGGAGCUUCCAUGAAGACCACGAAACCCUGAAGAAUAUCCCGAGGCCACAUCAAAAUUCAUCGACGAGAAUAAGAAUUUCUAAUCGGUCUUAUUCAGCUGAAACUCCCAAACAGACUAAUGAUAGAGGACGAGAGAAACGUGCACGUUCUUCAGAAGUUAAUUCUUCUCGUUGCAUUGUCACCAAUUCAGCUCCAGUUGAAAGGGUCUUGCCAACAGUUGAGGAAAACGAAAAUCAUGGAAAGUUGGAUCACCUCAUUAAUGUUCUGGAUAAAGAUUUUCCAACGCAGGAAGAUAGCGAUGAUGGCAAUGAUGUGAAUAAUCCUGAUGCGAUCAUUCUUCCUCUCGAUUCUCUAGAGAAAUUUCAUAUUUUCGACGCAAAACUCAAGGAUGACAAGGAAUAUCGAAUGAAAAUUAAAAAACGCAUAAGAAAUAUGGUACCUCAGCCUACAAUUCAAUAUGCAACGCGUAAUCUCAGCGUUAUUGUUCGUACGUUCUUAACAAAAAAACUUGUAACUGAGAGCUUUGUAGCAUUAAAAAAAACUGCAAGCAAAAAUGCUCUGAAAGAUACAAGUCUCUACAAAUGCUUCUUGGACGUGCACCUGACAGUUUGUGGGGAUCAGAUGAAUGAAAAAAAAUUUAACGAAUUCUUGAAGAACAUGUUCAAUUCUGCUGCCGAUUGGGAUGGAGGACGUCUUGAUCGUUCUAAGCAUUAA